AUGGAAGGUUUGAGGAAGAAGAAGAUGAAAAGAUUGAAGGUCAAACGAAAUACAAGAGUCUUUUACAAGCCCAAUUCAAAACCCGUAGCCGUUUACCUUCCCGAGCUCCCUGAAGAUGUGUUGAUGCAGUUCAAGUGUGUCUCGAGGCUCUGGUAUUCCAUCAUCUCGUCUCUUCCAUUGUCCAGGCUACGUGAACGGCGGCUGUUCAUGUACUUAGUGGACAAGGAUGGCCACAGCGACUUUGCCCUGCUAUCUAAAUUGAUUAAGAACUUGAAGGCGAACGUCCACGAAGUCCAUGAAUAUGUGACCAUAGCCGGAAUGGGAGGAGGGUGCUUUGUGAACGCUCUACGUGGAUUGAUGUGUUGCAGAAUUGGGACAAGUGUGCGGAUCUGUAACCUCACAACCAAGCAGCACGUGGAGUUGCCAAUAGUUGUAUCGAGCAUCUCAGGAGAUUCCAAUAUGUGGAACCACUUUUGA